UGAGAGCAGGCAUGAGUUUGAGACACUGAACAAGAAGCCGACACAAGACGGAGUCUGCUGAGAUCUUUCAACGUCUCGGAGUGACACAGAACUUCUCUCUGAAAGACCUUUAAAGGAGCAAGCAGGAUGUCUUCAGCGAAGGGAAUAUCCAUUGGCAUUGAUUUGGGAACCACUUAUUCUUGCGUUGCGGUUUUCCAACAUGGCAAAGUGGAGAUCAUCGCCAACGACCAGGGCAACAGGACAACUCCCAGCUAUGUGGCCUUUAGCGACACAGAGAGGCUCAUUGGAGAUCCCGCCAAGAACCAGGUCGCCAUGAACCCCACCAAUACAAUAUUUGAUGCCAAGCGACUAAUCGGAAGAAAGUUUAAUGACUCCAUCGUCCAGUCCGACAUGAAACUUUGGCCUUUCAAGGUGAUCGAUGAUAACGGAAAGCCCAAAGUUCAGGUGGAGUAUAAAGGUGAAACCAAAAACUUCUACCCCGAGGAAAUCUCGUCAAUGGUCUUGGUUAAAAUGAAGGAGAUAGCCGAGGCCUACCUGGGACAAAAGGUUUCAAAUGCAGUCAUCACAGUGCCAGCUUAUUUCAAUGAUUCUCAGAGGCAAGCCACUAAGGAUGCUGGAGUGAUCUCUGGUCUGACUGUUCUGAGGAUCAUCAACGAGCCCACAGCAGCAGCGAUUGCCUACGGCUUGGAUAAAGGUAAAAGAGGAGAGCGCAACGUGCUCAUCUUUGAUCUUGGUGGAGGCACCUUCGACGUGUCCAUCCUGACCAUUGAAGAUGGCAUCUUUGAGGUAAAAGCCACUGCAGGAGACACACACCUUGGUGGAGAGGACUUUGACAAUCGGAUGGUCAGUCACUUCCUUGAGGAAUUUAAAAGAAAGAACAAGAAAGAUAUUAGCCAAAAUAAGAGAGCAGUUAGGAGACUGCGCACCGCUUGUGAGAGAGCGAAGAGGACCCUGUCCUCAAGCACCCAGGCCAGCAUUGAAAUCGACUCUCUGUUUGAGGGCAUCGACUUCUACACCUCCAUUACAAGGGCACGAUUUGAAGAGCUCAACUCAGAGCUCUUCAGGGGAACACUGGAGCCAGUGGAGAAAGCCCUACGAGAUUCUAAGAUGGAUAAGUCCAAGAUCCAUGAAAUCGUCCUGGUUGGUGGCUCCACAAGAAUUCCCAAAAUCCAGAAGUUCUUGCAAGAUUUCUUUAAUGGCCGAGAAUUGAACAAGAGUAUCAACCCAGAUGAAGCAGUGGCUUAUGGUGCAGCAGUCCAGGCUGCCAUCCUCAUGGGUGACACUUCGGAGAACGUCCAAGAUCUGCUGCUGCUGGACGUGGCUCCCCUGUCUCUGGGUAUUGAGACUGUUGGUGGAGUCAUGACUCCGCUAAUCAAACGCAACACCACUAUUCCCAGCAAGCAAACCCAGAUCUUCUCCACCUAUGCUGAUAACCAGCCUGGUGUGCUAAUUCAGGUAUAUGAGGGGGAGAGAGCCAUGACCAAGGACAAUAACCUCCUGGGCAAGUUUGAGCUCGCUGGUAUCCCUCCGGCCCCCCGAGGUGUACCACAGGUGGAGGUAACUUUCGAUAUUGAUGCCAACGGCAUUCUGAACGUAUCCGCCGUCGACAAAAGCACCGGCAAAGAAAACAAAAUCACCAUCACCAAUGACAAGGGCCGCCUCAGCAAACAGGAGAUUGAGCAGAUGGUACAGGAUGCUGAGAAGUACAAGGCUGAUGACGAGCUGAAGAGGGACACGAUUUCAGCAAGGAACUCACUGGAGUCUUACGUAUUCAACAUGAAGAGCAGUGUCGAGGAUGACAGUAUGAAAGGAAAGAUUCAGGAGGAGGAUAAAAAAGUUGUCAUUGACAAGUGCAAGCAGACAAUUUCCUGGCUGGAGAACAACCAGCUGGCAGAGAAGGACGAGUAUGAGCACCAGCUGAAAGAACUAGAGAAGGUGUGCAAUCCCAUUGUGACAAAGCUGUACCAGGGAGCGGCACCACCACCAGGAUGCAGCAGUGGCUAUGCAGGAGGCAACGCUCAGGGUCCCACUAUUGAGGAGGUGGACUAAUGUCAUGAAUGUCAGUAUUUGCAGCAAUGUCAGCCACAUAUCAGGCGGUGUGGCCUAGUUGUUAAAGUGUUCACUCUCCAACAAGAAGGACCCGGGUUAAAAUCCCACUCUUUCCCAUCUUCAAGCUUGCAAUAAAGCUGAACUAAGGAGAGGCGGUGGACUAGUGGCAAAUACUUGGACUAGGGGCAGAAAAGGUAUCUGGUUCGACUCUGGUUCGACUCCACGGAGAAACAACAAAAAGACAAACCUGGAUGGAUCUGUCCAAAAAUCCAAGAGGAUUCUCCCUACCCUGUCUUGUGCCCCUGAGCAAGGCACCUUGCUCCUUGUGCGCCGUACAUGGCUGCUCACUGCUCUGUGUGUCCUGCACCAGAUGGGUUAAAAUCAGAGGUUAAAUUUCCCUACCUGCAUGAGUCUAUCUGUGCAUGUGUUUGGGACAAAUUAAUGUAUCUUAAUCUUGUUUGCAGGAAUAUGUCGAAGCCGAAAUGUUUGUUUGCACAACUGUUGUUAAUUUAUUGUUGUUAUUAUGCGCAAGUAAUGAUACAAAUAUUUUACAUUGCUGAGAUGUUUGAAAAUUAAAUUGCGAGUUUUCCUCCUAGUCAGUAAGCAGGUGUAGCUAAAAUUGACAUCACCAUAAUUAGCACUCAUUAUCGAUUUUUAUACUGCUUUGUUAACUUUUCCCUCUUGUGUCCUCUCACAGCACUUUUUAAAUAAAGAUUUAUCAAAGCCUUCAAA